ACUGCCUUAUUGGGAUGACGAAAGGAAGGAAUUUUAACUGAAAAAAAUCUUCAUUACUGCUUUUUGAAAAUUACAUACAUAAAGUUUGAAAUUAAUAUUUAUUGAUUUUGCUUAUCAGAUUGGGUUUUUUUCAUGGAUAGUUGUGUAAAAAGUGCUACAAUUAUUGGAAUUUACAUUUGAAAUCACUCUCCUCUGAUUGUGUCCAUGUUGAUAUCGCUAGAUUAAGGAUAAUGUAAAAUAUCGAAGAAAAUUAAUUAGAUUGUAGCUGUGUGUAUUAUCGGAUGAAAAUGACUUUAGAAACUGUUGAGGAAAUGAGAAGACCUAGAACAUAUUAUAACUGUCAAAUACCAAAGAACCAAGUUCUGCCACCAGGAUUUUUCCCGCUGUCAGCAGUGAUGGCAAACCCAUCAAGUCAUGGUAACAGUUACUUAACAAAUGAGUCUUUUCACACACCUUGUUUUGGAGACGACGAUUUUGAUAUAACAAGUUUAAGUUUGCCGUCAGGCACAUUGGACAAUUUAUCUCACAUUCAACCAACGAUAACAGACUCUCACAUUGACCCAGCCACUCUUCAUUCACAUCAUAGACUUAACUAUAAUAACUCUAUCAUGAGCUCACCUAAUAAUAAUUCUAAUGGAUCUAAUAUGGCGCCACAGUUUCCGCCAGAAAAUAUGGAGAUGCCCGAUAUCUCAAUGUCAAACAGUUUGAUAGCAGCUAAUGGGAUGAUGAUGGCGCCACCUGUACAGGACGGAUGUGUUACAACAUCAAGUUUUUAUUCAAAGAAUGCUUUAAAUAAUAAAAAUUCUCCGCGGAGGGAGAGCAGUGAAGAAAGUAGUGAUGACUCUCUUCCUUUAGCACAGCUUGCUUUCAUGAAGAGACAAGCAGCGGCAGCAGCAGCGGUAGAGGAAGCUCAAAAACAAAAGAAAACGAGGAAACCAAAAGUGACAAAGAAAAAGAAGAAGAAAGAUCCAAAUGAACCACAAAAGCCUGUAUCAGCCUAUGCAUUGUUUUUCCGAGACACACAGGCCGCCAUCAAGGGACAGAACCCUAAUGCUAGCUUUGGAGAGGUAUCCAAGAUUGUAGCUCAGAUGUGGGAUGGACUUGAUCCAGACCAUAAAAAUGUGUACAAGAAAAAGACAGAGACAGCUAAGAAAGAUUAUCUGAAGCAGUUGGCAGCCUACAGAGCUAGUUUAGUCUCACAGAAUGCAUUAGAAGAUUUGAUGCCAGACAAGAGAAACUUAAGAAACAUGUCUCCCAUGCAUCAUAUGUCACCAAAGAAUCUGUCACCACAACAUAAUAUGUCACCACAACAUAUGGGUGUGUCACCAUCUCAUUCAUCCAAUCAUAGUAAUAGUAUGUCACCACCAUGUGUUAAUAUGUCACCAAAUCACAUGAACAUUUCACCACAGAAUAUGAAUAUGUCACCUCAACACAUGAAUAUGUCACCACAACAUGUGAACAUGUCACCACCUCAGCAUAACAACAUGGCAACACAACAGCAACAUCUUAAUAUGUCAUCAGUUCCAAUGGAUGGAAUGGGCAUGAUGAACAUGAAUAACAUGGGAGGACAGAAUAGUAUUAUGUACCAGUCAGCUCUACCUAAACUGGCUCCUAACAUACAGCCAAGGUCUCCUGUGCUGGGAACACUUAUGGAAGAAGCUAGUUUGGAUACAAAUAUAAUGGCGUCCAUGUGUGUACGAAAUGGUUGUAUUAAUAGAAGUAUAGAGAAUCCUGGGUGGGACAACGAAUAUUGCUCAACAGAUUGUGUUGUAAGCCAUUGUAGAGAUGUAUUCACUGCUUGGGUGUCCAACAGACAGGGAAUGAAUUUUGAUUCCAAGGUCAAGUGAAUGUCAACAGAAAAGAACAUUUAGGAUUUAAGAUAAAUAUUUUUUGUACAAUCAUGUGAAUAUAUCAAAGUUUCUUUAAAAAACAGAUGAUAAUGUCAUAAAAGAGGCAAUGUAAAGGUUGCUUCUGCGUAAUGCUUGCAGCAUCUAUUAUGAUUAACAUUUUCUGCAGUACAUGUAUUGAAAUCAUGUGUCAAUAUAUUCUUAAACAAAAAACUGUCAGUCGUAAAAACAUAUUUAAGAAAAUGUAAUUUAUUGAUAUGCACAUUGUUUCUGAAAGUCUACAACUAGUGAGCUUUGCUACCUAUAUUUUAAGUUCUGCUUCCUGUAGUGCUUUCAGCGUGGUGUUCUCCAUUUAAUUCUAGCUAAAAAAAAAUGCCCAUUAUUUCAAACAUUUAAAUACAAUUUUUCCAUCUCCUCCUCCUCAUGUCCUGUCACUGUUUAUAUUUAUCAAUAACUACUUGUGAUCAAUAGCUUGACAACUACUGAAUAUGUAGUUGUGUACCCAUUAUUUAAAUCUUUGAGCCAUGUUAAUUUUUGGGUUUCCCAUACAUAAUCAUGGACUAGCCCAUUUCUGUUUAUAUCUCCCAAACUUAAUCAAAUUUUUCUGCAGGGCUUGAAGUUGUGAACCUGCCUUUUUACUUUUGGAUACAAUUGACUUUUGGGGUUCCUUUAACAAAAUAUGGACUAAGCCAUUUCUUUCAUGUAAAAUAAAAGUAAAAAUAAGUAAUGUUUCUGGUUAACUAUUGUAUAUUUAUAACUAAUGAGGUCAGUCUGUUGUCUUUUGUUUACAUAGAUCUGGUUUGGCUAUAGAUAAUAUCUCAAUGCAUCAAAAGAAAAUAAUUUGACAAAUAUGAAACAAUGAGAAAGGUUAACCAUGUUGUCAAGGGGAGAUA